AUGAGCACCGCCACGCCCCGAAUCCGCGUCCGCGAGGCGACGCCAGCCGACGCCCGGCAAAUGGCCGACGUCCAGUUCGAAGCGUUCGGGCCCGACGUCUUCAACCGGCUCAUGUACCCGGCCGGGGACACCGAAGACUCGCGGCAGAGGUUCGCGGCCGGCCUGUUUCAGCCCGAGACGCCCGAGGCUCCGAAAAAGGAGGAGAGCGUCCUGACGGUCGCCGAGCUGCUCCCAGAGGAAUUCGGCCAGGCCGAGAUCGUCGCCUUCGCCAGGUGGAUCGUCCGGCGCGAGUCACGCCCCGAGGAGGAGUGGAAUGUUCCCGAGCCUCCCAGAACGGCCGAGCAGCUGGGCAAGGACUGCAACAUCGAGGUCUUUACGUACUUCAUUGGCGCCCUGCACGACAAGCGGCGCGAGCACACCAGGGGCAACCCUGCGGUUGUUCUCGGGGUUCUUGCCUCCAAGCGGCCGCGGGUCGGUGCCGGGUCGGCGCUCUUGGAAUACGGCGUCAAGCUCGCCGACGGGCUGGGCCUCCCCACCUUCCUCGAGGCUUCUCCCAAAGGCUACCCCCUCUACUGCAAGUUUGGCUACGAAGACAUUGACUUUGUAGACUUCCACAUCGCUGAAAAGUACGGGGCGGUCCAGCUCGAGGGCGAGAACUGGGGCACCAACACCGGACUGACGAUCACGGAGCCUGCCGCCAAGGGGGUGGUCCGGAGCGUGAUUAUGAAGAGGCCUGCAAAGGUCUCGGCGGCAUGA